ACAAAAAUCUUCCUUCCAUCGAAACCCUGUAAUACCGCCCAUUUCUUCUCUCGCCAUGGGAGAAGAAGAUAGAGGAAGCUAUAGCGGAGCUUACGCGGCACCACCAUUAGUUUCACUAUCCUCAUUUUUCUCACCUUCUUCUACUUGUUAUUCUUCACGCCAAUUAUCGAGCAAUUUCAGUGAACCGAAUCGUCCGAUUCGUUCAGCUAGAAGACUCUCAUGGAUAAAUUUACAAGGUCGACUUGUUAAUGCAGAAGAAUCAAGUUCUUCUAAAGCCAUUGGAGGUUCAUUGAGUAAAGAAGAAGGCUUAGCUUGGGAUCUAUUUAGUCCCAUUCAUAGAAUUUUAAUUGUUGCCGUUGUCGCAGUUGCUGCUGCGGAUUUAAAGAAAUCUCGCCAGAUUUGGAAGCUUAAAAAAGCCAUCGAUCUUUGGGAUCAGGUGUUGCUAAGCAUGCAGGAGAAGCUGGAUAAUCUUUGUGUGCAGGUGAUUAAAACGAAGGACCAGGGUGACAUUGAGGAAGAUGUUUCACUCACAAAAAUUGAAGAAAUUCCAUUCAAUAAGGACAUAAAACUGGAACAAAGCAUUAUUCCUGUUUGCGGAUGUCGUCCUUGUGGUCAUCAUCAGGAUUUCUCGAAUGGGUUGAUGAAAGACUUUGGUGAGAAACCAAUUGGUGGAGAUGAAAUGUUCAAGUUCAAACCAGUCAUAAGUGGGGUGGAGCAAGAGGAACGCCGCAUGUCUGAUCUAUCUGAUUGGGGUUCGAGUCUCACAUCUGCUGCAGAUAUCCAGCUUAGUUCGCUAGCAUUAGAGCAAGAUAUCUAUAAUCUUCAAAGAGAAUGCGAAGAAAAAGACACAACCAUAAAGGAGUUAGCAUCUAUAGCUAAUGCAGUUGAUGCUACUGGUUCAAAGAGAAUCUCAGAGUUGGAAGAUGUCAUACGAAGGAAAAACUUAAUAAUUUCAAAGCUGAAGAAGGAUAUGGCCGUUCUAGAGCAGCAGGUUGUUCACCUUACCAGACUUCGAAGACCUUCUUCCUCUGCAUUAACAUUGAAAGUUAGUCAGCUACCAGUAAUGGCAGAUAAUCUCCUAUACGACAUGAGCUCUUCUAGUCCAUCUUCAUCAGAUUCUGAUACCCCUGUUGAGAAUCCACCACGGCCUUCAGUUUCUCAUGAACGAAGUGAAAUUACUCCUCCAAUUUGUCGAAAUGUUCCUGUGCAGACAGAUACUCAAACACCUUCUUCAGCAAAACCAUAUUUAUCUUUAACGAAGUCAACUAAUAAGUCUCCAAAGCUUCAAUCUGUUAGCCCUCUCACUGAGAAUUCUAUGAAUCAGAGAUCCGAUUCUGAAUUGUUGGUUAGUAAUGAAAUGCGAACGAGUGGGGAUCAUAAAAGGAAUAGGAGACGUUUUCAGCAACCUGGUUCAGCAAAGAGAUGGGUUUAGGUUAACAGAAAGUUAAUUUAUAGGGUAUAAAUGAGCAGUAUGAGUCCAAGACUAUAGGCGGAGAGACGAUAAUCAACCAAGAGUAUUAUCGGCUACUUGCACUUUUGAAAGCCUCUCGGAGAAAGCUUCGUGACGUUGUGUUAUUUGUAGCCUUUAAUCAGGACAACGAUCAAGCUGUAAAAGAGGAAGAAAAAUGUAGAGGAACCCUCUCAAUGAUGUAAUUCCUUCAUAAAUGUUUACCUAUAUAAAUUUAUUUCAGUAA